GCGCCGCGUGUUUUGGCCGUCCGACUCGCCGUACAAAAACAAACAUGGCGUCUUCUGCGGAUGUCCACGUCCGAAUUUGUGGACAAGAAAUUAUCAAAUAUGACUUAGAAAUCAAGGCUCUCAUUCAGGACAUCAGGGAUUGUCCUGGACCUCAGCCUGCUCUCAGGGAGCUCAACGCUCAGGUCAAAGAGAAGUUCAACCAGCUCAGGCUCAGAAUACAGGAUCUGGAGCAGAUGGCCAGAGAGCAGGACAGAGAGAUGGACAGACAGUCCAUCCAGGCAGAGACAGAGAGUCAGAGACGGCAGAUGCUGAGUAACCAGACAGCGUGGAGGAAAUCUAACCUGGCUUGUAAACUGGCCAUAGACAGCCUGGAGAAACACGAGCUGCUGCGUGAGGGAGAAAACCCCAGCACCAGACAGAGGAAGGUGACCAAAGAAAGCCUAGUGGAAACCAGUAGCAACAUCACAGACAAUCUGAUGUCUAUGAGCAGGAUGAUGGCUGAGCAGGUGAAGCAAAGCGAGGACUCCAUCGGCACCCUGGCCACUUCCUCGAAGACAGUGCAGGAAACCAAUGAUGAGUUUAGAAACAUGACGGGAACCAUCCACCUGGGGAGGAAACUGAUCCUCAAGUACAACCGACGAGAGCUGACGGACAAGCUGCUCAUCUUCCUGGCUCUGGCCCUCUUCUUCGGUACGGUCCUCUACAUCCUUAAGAAACGCCUCUUCCCCUUCAUUUAACCAGCCAGCUGGGUCAAUGACCUGCUUACAGAAGGAAUACGUUCCAGGUAUUUUGCUCAGCAGGAAGCUAUUACAGGGAGUUUCAGCGGGUGAAGGGUUCACGCAUGUACAACAUGGGGAGUUAGAAGCAGCAUGGAGACUAGACCGCUGCUUAUAGAAACGGUGCCGAGUGAAAACGUUGUGCGUUGCUUGGCAUCCUUGUUUUUAGCUUGAACAAAAUGCACUUUGUUUGUAUGGUUGACUUCAGUGUAAGACUAAAACUGGAAUUAGGAGGUUUCAUGCAACCACAGCGAUGGGUUGAAAGACUCAGCAUGCUUGAAACAAAUAUGGUUAUAUCUGUUGUUUGACAUUGUCUAAAGGCAAACGUAUUUAAAUUUGUUGCAAAUGGCCGCACUCAAAUGAGGGUGGAAAAGCCCGCUCCUGGCUGCAUUACACGUCUUCCCUGAUCUCUCUUAGAACACUGCCAACAUCUUGGUGUUGAUUUGUACAAUAAGGCUUCCCAAAGGCCUUCGUGGUGUUGCAUGAAAAGUGACAGAAGGAGAGAAGGGCUUUGAGAUCAUUUGAAUUUUAUGAAUUGAGAAUUUCAUUCCGACACCUCUAAACCUGAUGAUGCUGCAUGAAAUGGGCACUUUGAUUCAUCCCGAAGCGUUAAUACUUCAUCUGGCAUUAAGAACUACCCGGGGUGAAAGCUGCAGUAUUCAGUAACCUUUUGUUUUGUCUACUUUUUUAUUGUCAAUUUACAAUCUGUGUGUGUUCAAGAGAGGAAGACACAGUUGUUAAAGUUGUGGAUGAGUUUACCUUGUCAGUGGCUGUGUGGAUGUUAAACUUAAGGUCUGUUACUUUGAAUAAAGCUCAAUAUAUUUUCAACAUA